AUGUCCAUCAUCCAGCAGCACACCGAGGCCUCGCUCAGCGACGCGUGGCGGACCAUCGACAUCGACGCGCUGACCGAGGACAGCUGCGCCAACUUCGACACGGCGACGCUGCGGCCGCCCCAGCCCGAGGUGUCCGAGGCCGAGGCGCGCCAGGUGGCGCAGCAGGUGCGGCAGCUGCUGCGCGGCGGCGACGCCGAGGGCGCGCUGCGCGGCUGCCUCGAGGCGCCCGUCUACGCCGGCGAGCCCGCCGCCCGCGAGGCGCACCUGGGCGCCGUCAUCGAGGUGCUGCAGUCCAUCAAGGCCAGCGACAUGUCGCCCAUGCUCGCGCGCAUCUACGGGUCCGAGGGCGGGAGCGAGCUGCUGGACGUCUUGAUGAAGUACAUAUACAAGGGAAUGGCUGCGUCCUCGUCCAUCAAGGAGGCCAGGACCCCGACAAAGAUGACGCCGCAGCCCACCGGCUUCAGCCAGAUGUCGGGCCGGCCCGGCGCCGCCAACGAGCCCGCGGGCGCCGGCAUGAGCGUCCUCCUCAGCUGGCACGAAAAGGUCAUCGACGUGGCCGGCCUCGGCUGCAUAGGGCGUGUCAUGACCGACUGGAGGAGGGUGUGA